AUGUAUUCUUUUUCAUUAUUGUCAUUACUAUCUCUGGGCGCGUGGGUCGCCGCCAAACCCAAUGCCUGCCCGAUCCUAGGGCCAGCCUUUCCGGCUCCGACGGAGAUCGGUAGUCACCCAAUAUUCAUAGAAGCGACACAAAAUCUGACUGCACAGAUAAAACAAGCCAUCGCAUCCGGAGAACUGGCCGGAAAUUCAAUAUCUGUUCAAAUAUUCAGUGGAAGUGAUUCAUACACUGCAUAUGGCCUCUCACACACGGAUGACUCGAUACGGAAUGGGUCCGUGGGAGUUCGAGAAGUGGACGAAAAUACCGUGUUCCGUAUUGGCAGCAUUUCUAAAUUAUGGACCAUGCUGCUUUAUAUGACAUUUAACGGCACACGACAUUUUCAAGAGCCUGUGUCAAAAUACGUGCCCGAAUUGCGAAGCCCUUACAACCGCUCGCAACAGAUCGACCAGAUCGACUACGUGAAUUGGGAUGAAGUGACGAUCGGUGAACUCGCCAGCCAUCAGGCUGGUAUCCCAAGAGACUAUGCUUUCAUGGAUUUAGCAGCAAGUGCUCCUCCUCAGGCUCUUGCUGGCAUGGGAUUGCCCUCGCUGCCCAAGUCAGAGCGAUUGCCAUGUGGGAACGCUCCUUUUCCACCAUGUAACAGGCAGCGUGGGUCUAUCAAGAAAAAAAUGGUAUCUAUGAACUGGCUCGCUGACACCUGUGUAGAGUUCUUUGAUGGAAUACUCGACACCCAGCCGAUUGCGGCAACUUCCUCUACACCGCUAUAUUCAAAUGCCGGCUACCAAAUUUUGGGUUAUGCGCUUGAAGCAAUCGCCCAGAAACCCUUCCAAGAUAUCCUUAUGGAGCGCAUUAUCAAGCCCCUUGGGCUGUCCCACUCUAGUGACAGCAUGCCUGCUCCGAGUCUGGCGGUAGUACCCUCAGACAUGACUUCCAGUCAAUUCGAUUUGGACAUCGGAGAUGCAAUCCCCGCUGGUGGGAUCUACUCAUCACCAAAUGAUAUUUCCACCCUUGGUCGCGCCAUUCUAGCCAAUACACUAGUCAGUCCCGCCAUGACUAGACGGUGGAUGAAACCAGCAACUCAUACAGCCUCCUUACAAGUCUCUGUGGGACACCCUUGGGAGAUAAUGUCCUUCAGCGAGCCUCGACUUGUUGACCUAUACACUAAAGCUGGAAAUAUUGGAAUGUACAAUUCAAUCAUGGCCCUAUCUCCAGAUCACAAUGCCGGGUUCGCAAUUCUUACGGCAGGCAACGGCAGCUUCUCAUUACCAUUGAAGCUGGGUGAACAAGUCGCCGAUAUCAUGCUUCCUGCCCUGGAGCAGAUAGCCAAAAAUCAGGCAGCUGAAAGAUUUGCAGGGACAUAUGCCCUGGAGAAUGGUACCUCGAACUCAUCCAUUACUCUCAUUACGGACGAUGAACCGGGAUUGAAGAUUGCCGAAUGGGUCAGCAACUCUGUGGACAUGGGUCAAGCCUUUGCAGCCAAAGCAGGUCUGGAGAAAACCCCUUCACUACUUGGUAUGCGCCUGCAACCUACGGGCCUCAAAAGCCCCGGGCGAGUUUCAUUUUCGGCGGUAAUUCAGGGUCUGAGUUCACAACCAACAUCUGGUACAAUGCUUUCGGCCUGCCUAACUUGGUUAGAACUGGACUCCUAUAUCUAUGGGAAUGUUGGCAUGCCGGAGUUCGAGUUCAAUCUGAAUGACGAAGGAGAUGUGGUUAGCCUUACUCCGCGUGCGCUGCGCAUUACUCUUCCCAAAGUCUAG